GACGGGCGACACGCAAGCGCAACAGGUAGGUUAAGAUUCACGGUCCGUCGCAUUUGCUGGUCCUAUGCGCACGACGCGGCCCUCGCAUACAGCACACCAACCGCGACCGACGAAAUGUACGGGAAGCAUCGGUGAUCGGGUGAAGUGAUCCUAUUGUAGUGAUUGUUAACAACAAGUGCUUGUGUUUGUGAUAUGACGAGGACCAGCUCCGGAGUUUGACCGAGCACCACUCAUCGGAUCUUAACGAUCGGGCCGGUGACCACAUGCCGCCUUCAUCAUGGUGAUCGUUACCAGGGGCGAUUACAUAUGGAUCGAGCCGGUGUCUGGUCGGGAGUUCGACGUGGCGAUAGGCGCACGCGUGCUUGCGGCCGAGGGGCGACGGAUUCGAGUCCGGGACGACGACGGCCACGAGCAAUGGCUGCCACCAGAGCGAAGGAUCAAGGCGAUGCAUGCCACCUCCGUGCAUGGCGUCGAGGACAUGAUAUCCCUCGGUGACCUGCACGAGGCCGGCAUCCUCAGGAACCUACUUAUAAGAUACAAUGAGAAUCUCAUUUAUACAUACACCGGCUCGAUAUUAGUGGCGGUGAACCCUUACCAAAUACUGCCGAUCUACACGGCAGACCAGAUCAAGUUGUACAAGGAAAGGAAGAUUGGGGAGCUGCCUCCUCAUAUCUUCGCGAUCGGCGACAAUGCGUACGCGCAUAUGCGUCGCUACAAGCAGGAUCAGUGCAUUGUCAUCAGUGGAGAAUCCGGCGCAGGGAAAACUGAGUCUACAAAGUUGAUUCUGCAGUACCUCGCCGCGAUCAGUGGGAAGCAUUCGUGGAUUGAACAACAGAUCCUAGAAGCAAAUCCCAUUCUUGAAGCUUUUGGCAAUGCGAAAACUGUAAGAAACGACAACUCCUCACGUUUCGGCAAAUAUAUUGACAUCCACUUCAACAACAGCGGCGUCAUCGAAGGCGCCAAGAUUGAACAAUAUCUUCUAGAAAAGUCUAGAAUAGUCUCUCAGGGCGCAGAGGAGAGGAAUUACCAUGUGUUCUACUGCUUACUGGCUGGAUUGUCCAAAGAAGAGAAGAAGAAAUUAGAAUUGACUGAACCAUCCGAAUAUAGAUAUUUGUCUGGGGGAGGAAGCCUAACUUGCGAAGGCAGGGACGAUGCUGCUGAAUUCGCAGAUAUACGAUCAGCUAUGAAGGUUCUAUUAUUCACGGAACCAGAAAUAUGGGAGAUAUUAAAACUCUUAGCAGCCGUCCUACACACUGGUAACAUUAAAUACGAAGCUACGGUCGUGGAUAACUUAGAUGCAACAGAAAUUAUAGAACAAGCUAAUGUUAGAAGAGUGGCAACGUUGCUUGGCGUGCCCAUGCAAUCGCUUAUCGACGCACUAACCAGGAAGACACUAUUUGCUCAUGGGGAAACCGUUAUUUCAACCCUGAGUAAAACUCAAUCGGUUGAUAUUAGGGAUGCCUUCGUCAAAGGUAUAUACGGACGCCUUUUCGUUACCAUCGUAAAGAAGAUCAACGCUGCAAUCUACAGACCAAAAUCCACUAUGCGCACAGCUAUCGGUGUCCUCGAUAUAUUCGGCUUCGAAAAUUUCGAUCAAAAUAGCUUCGAACAAUUCUGUAUAAACUUUGCUAACGAGAACUUGCAGCAGUUCUUCGUUAGACACAUAUUCAAAUUGGAACAAGAGGAAUAUAAUCAUGAAGGAAUAAAUUGGCAGCAUAUUGAAUUUGUUGAUAACCAAGACGCUUUGGAUUUGAUUGCGCUAAAACAACUGAACAUUAUGGCUUUAAUUGAUGAAGAGUCCAAGUUUCCAAAGGGAACUGACCAAACGAUGUUAGCCAAGCUACACAAGACCCACGGUCUGCACAGAAACUACCUCAAGCCAAAGUCAGAUAUAAACACCAGUUUUGGACUAAAUCACUUCGCUGGAAUAGUAUUUUAUGAUACGCGAGGAUUCCUUGAGAAGAACCGAGAUACGUUCAGUGCUGAUUUAUUACAACUAAUUCACAUUUCUACUAACAAAUUCUUGCAGCAUAUAUUCCAAGACGACAUUGCGAUGGGCUCUGAAACUAGAAAACGGACUCCGACCCUUUCAACACAGUUCAAGAAAUCUUUGGACUUGUUGAUGCGAACUCUAGGAACAUGCCAACCAUUCUUCAUCAGAUGUAUAAAGCCAAAUGAAUUUAAGAAGCCAAUGAUGUUUGACCGCGGUCUGUGCUGCAGACAAUUAAGGUACUCUGGAAUGAUGGAGACGAUUCGGAUCAGGAGGGCUGGGUACCCGAUCAGGCACAGUUUCAAAGAGUUCGUAGAGAGAUACCGGUUCCUAAUAUCUGGCGUUCCACCUGCGCACAAGACUGACUGUCGUUCGGCUACUGCUAAAAUCUGUGCAACAGUGCUUGGCAAGUCUGAUUACCAGCUGGGUCACACCAAAGUUUUUCUGAAAGAUGCUCACGAUUUGUUCUUGGAGCAAGAAAGAGAUAGGGUGCUUACUAGGAAGAUAUUAAUUCUACAAAGGUCUAUUAGAGGAUGGGUGUACCGCAGACGUUUCUUGAAGAUGCGAGCCGCUGCCAUAUUGAUUCAACGUCAUUGGCGCGGCAAGCUGCAGAGGAUUCGGUAUAAUAAAAUGAAGGUUGGAUAUGCGAGACUACAGGCUUUGAUACGUGCACGAGUGUUGGCGCACAGAUUCAGGCAUCUUCGUGGACACAUCGUGGCUUUACAAGCAGCAGCUCGUGGUUACUUGGUUCGUCGUUCUUACGGGCACAAGAUGUGGGCUAUAGUGAAGAUCCAGAGCCAUGCGCGUCGGUUGCUGUGUAUGCGCCGCUACAAGCGCAUGCGCGGCGAGGCGCGCGCGCACUCCGAGGCGCUGCGGCUGCGCAGGCAGGAGGAACUGCGACUGCACACGCAGGGCAACACGCGCGCCAAGGAGAUCGCAGAACACAACUACCGGGAGCGCAUGUACGAGCUGGAGAGACGCGAAGCAGAACUGGCUUUGGAGGAGAAGAAGCAGUUGGAAGCAAAGAGGACGUUACUCCAAGAAGCGGCGAGGAAACAGGACGAGCCAGUGGAUGACAGCAAGCUGGUGGAAGCCAUGUUUGACUUCCUUCCUGACUCCAGCAGUGAGGCACCAGCUCCUAAGGACACGUCCGUCUUCAGCGACCUUCCACAACCAAGGGCUGAUCAGCAGGAGAUGGUGACACCAAUGCAAACAACAUCAGAGGACGAGGAAGAUUUGUCGGAGUUCAAGUUCCAGAAGUUCGCAGCAACAUAUUUCCAAGGGAACGUCACUCAUCAGUACUCGAGGAAACCACUCAAACAUCCACUAUUGCCUCUACACACGCAAGGAGACCAGCUGGCGGCUCAAGCACUAUGGAUCACAAUACUCCGAUUCACUGGGGACCUUCCAGAGCCAAGAUACCACACUAUGGACAGAGAUAACACGUCAGUCAUGUCCAAAGUGACUGCAACCCUCGGCAGGAACUUCAUCAGGUCCAAGGAGUUCCAAGAAGCUCAGAUGAUGGGCGUAGACCCCGACGCCUACCUGAACAAACAGAAGCCGAGGUCUAUCAGACACAAGCUUGUUUCUCUGACGCUGAAGAGGAAGAACAAGCUAGGAGAAGACGUCAGGAGAAAAUUACAGGAUGAGGAGUACACAGCAGACAGCUAUCAGUCCUGGCUGGAAUCUCGCCCGACAUCAAAUCUAGAAAAAUUACAUUUCAUUAUUGGGCAUGGUAUUCUACGGGCUGAGUUGAGAGACGAAAUAUAUUGUCAGAUCUGCAAACAGCUGACAAACAAUCCUUCGAAGUCUUCUCACGCCAGAGGAUGGAUUUUACUGUCGUUGUGUGUUGGAUGUUUCGCUCCUAGUGAAAAGUUCGUGAAUUACCUGCGAGCUUUCAUCAGAGAAGGACCUCCUGGCUACGCUCCAUAUUGUGAAGACCGUUUGAAACGGACAUUCAACAAUGGCACUAGGAAUCAACCACCUUCAUGGUUAGAACUGCAAGCAACUAAAUCGAAAAAGCCUAUAAUGUUGCCCAUAACGUUCAUGGACGGCAACACGAAGACCUUGUUAGCAGAUUCAGCAACAACAGCGAGGGAACUAUGCAAUCAGUUAUCUGAUAAAAUUGGUCUGAGAGAUCAAUUCGGUUUCUCGCUGUACAUUGCACUGUUUGAUAAGGUCAGUUCACUCGGUAGUGGAGGAGACCACGUAAUGGACGCAAUAUCACAGUGCGAACAAUACGCUAAAGAACAAGGUGCUCAAGAACGAAACGCGCCGUGGAGGUUAUUCUUUAGAAAAGAAAUAUUUGCUCCAUGGCACGACCCUACGGAAGACCAAGUAGCUACGAAUCUCAUCUACCAGCAAGUGGUUCGGGGUGUUAAAUUUGGUGAAUAUAGAUGUGAUAAAGAAGAAGACCUAGCGAUGAUAGCCGCUCAACAGUAUUACAUCGAAUACGGCCAAGACAUGAAUACCGAACGGCUUUACACGCUACUGCCAAAUUACAUACCCGAUUAUUGUCUAACUGGUGUUGAAAAAGCGGUUGAUCGGUGGGGUGCUCUGGUAGUCCAAGCGUAUAAAAAGAGUUAUUAUGUAAAAGAAAAAGUUCCUGCUUAUAGAGUGAAAGAAGACGUAGUGAGUUAUGCGAAGUUCAAGUGGCCUCUAUUGUUCUCUCGGUUUUACGAAGCUUAUAGAAAUUCUGGGCCCAACCUACCUAAGAAUGAUGUUAUAAUUGCCGUCAACUGGACCGGAGUGUACGUCGUGGAUGAUCAGGAACAAGUUUUAUUAGAAUUGUCAUUCCCGGAGAUCACUACUGUUUCAAGUCAGAAAACCAACAAAGUAUUCACACAGACGUUCAGUCUCUCCACGGUUCGUGGCGAAGAGUUUACGUUCCAAAGCCCGAACGCAGAAGACAUUCGAGAUCUAGUGGUGUAUUUCCUAGAAGGAUUGAAAAAGCGAUCUAAGUUUGUAAUAGCUCUACAAGACUAUAAAGCACCAGGUGAAGGGUCCAGUUUCUUAACAUUCAAUAAAGGAGAUCUGAUUAUUUUAGAAGAAGACAGCACAGGAGAAUCGGUUUUAAACAACGGCUGGUGCAUCGGUCGCUGUGAGAGAACAAUGGAACGAGGCGACUUCCCUGCAGAGACAGUCUACGUAUUGCCGGCACUAACUAAACCACCUCCAGAUAUAUUGACGCUAUUCUGUCAAGAAGGUGCAUCGCAUGGUCGUCGUGCUCCUACAGCUACGUACAAUGGAACAGAAAUCAAAGACAAACCGCAUACGUUAUUAGAAUACGCUAUGGACCACUUCAGAUUGCCACCGAAGCGCACCGUGUCCAAGGCUCUUACACUUUCCACCGCCAAAAGAGGAGGCGCUGAAGAGCUUUGGAGACACUCCAGAGAACCGGUUAAACAGCCUCUGUUGAAGAAAUUGCAAGCGAAGGAAGAGUUGGCCGAAGAAGCAUGUUUCGCAUUCACUGCUAUUCUGAAAUACAUGGGUGACCUGCCUUCAAAGCGUCCUCGUAUUGGCAAUGAGUACACAGAUCAUAUUUUCGACGGUCCUCUAAAACACGAGAUACUGCGCGACGAGAUCUAUUGCCAAAUUAUGAAACAACUGACUGACAACCGGAAUAGAAUGUCGGAGGAAAGAGGUUGGGAACUUAUGUGGCUGGCCACAGGGUUGUUUGCAUGCAGUCAGGGACUGCUUAGGGAAUUAACUUUAUUCUUGAGGACUAGAAGAUAUCCAAUAGCUCAAGAUUCACUCCAAAGACUUCAAAAGACUUUAAGGAAUGGCCAGAGGAAAUAUCCGCCGCACCAGGUGGAGGUAGAAGCUAUACAGCACAAGACUACUCAGAUAUUCCACAAGGUGUAUUUCCCUGACGACACUGACGAAGCAUUUGAAGUGGACUCGUCCACUAGAGCAAAGGACUUCUGUCAGAAUAUAGCUCAGAGACUGAAUCUCAGAUCUAGUGAAGGUUUUAGUUUAUUCGUUAAGAUAGCUGAUAAGGUGAUAUCAGUCCCUGAGGGUGACUUCUUCUUUGACUUCGUGCGGCAUCUAACGGACUGGAUUAAGAAGGCGCGGCCCACACGCGACGGCAUCACUCCGCAGUUCACCUACCAGGUGUUCUUCAUGAAGAAGUUAUGGACGAACACGGUUCCUGGUAAGGACCGGGCGGCGGACGUGAUCUUCCACUUCCACCAGGAGUUGCCGAAGCUGCUGCGUGGGUACCACCGCUGCGGGAGAGACGAGGCCGCAAGACUCGCUGCACUCGCAUACCGCGCGCGCUUUGGCGACAACAAACAGGAGUUACAGGCAAUACCGCAAAUGCUUCGUGAGCUGAUCCCAGCAGAUUUGAUAAAGAUGCAGAGCUCCGCUGACUGGAAGCGGGCGAUCGUGGCUUCCUACAACACGGACGCUGGUAUGACACCUGAAGAUGCCAAGAUCACCUUCCUGAAGGUCAUCUACCGCUGGCCCACGUUCGGAUCCGCCUUCUUCGAGGUCAAACAGACGACGGAACCAAAUUAUCCUGAGCUGCUGCUGAUUGCUAUCAACAAACAUGGAGUGAGCUUGAUACAUCCUCAGACCAAGGACAUCCUAGUAACUCAUCCAUUCACGAGAAUAUCAAACUGGUCAUCUGGCAACACUUACUUCCACAUGACGAUCGGUAACCUCGUGCGAGGGUCGAAGCUGCUGUGUGAGACCUCGCUGGGGUACAAGAUGGACGACCUGCUGACGUCAUACAUCUCCCUCAUGCUCACAAACAUGAACAAGCAGCGCUCCGUCCGCGUCAAGUAACGUGCUCGAUGACGUCAUCAUAGUCAAACAAUGCGAAUAUAGUUUUAUAGUAACGCUAACGAGACGAGAUAAAAUAUAACCGUGUAGACUAAUAUAUGCUGUAUUUGCUUAGACUUUUAGUCGUUUAUUGUAUGACAAAAUUAAAAAUAAUUAGUAGACAAAUGAUAAUGAACUUUGUUAUUAUGUCGAUAAAGUUUCUAAUUAAUUAUCUCGUCUCGUCAUGCUCUACUUUAGACACAAUUAUUUUUAUCUGCUUACCGUUAAGUUCACACGCUUCCCAGCGGUAUAUUUAACUUAACACAGAAUUUAGCAUUUACAUGCAGUCAGAACGAAUGCUUACAUUAAGUGUGUACAGUGUACCUGAUAUAUUUUGUUGUAUUUGGAAGUUAGAAAGAAGUACAUUACAGUUAGAAUAUAUUGGGUGGACUGUACCCCGUCACAAGCGCUGUAUCAUUGUAGAUAAACUUGAUGCACAAUUUUUGUGAUCGCGUUACUUUGUUACGUUUGCAUUAAACAAAAUCUAAUGUAGAAUAUAUCCGUCCAUACAUUAAGAUCGAAGUAUAUCUAGAUAUUAAACGAUGUUACUGAUAUUCCAAAUCCAUUCUGUUAUAGUUUUUAAGUACAACGACCUAAGGUUAGGUGUUCGGUCUUUAUAAUGUACUCUACAAUGGAAACGGCUAACAGAUACGUAUCUUAAACCUUAGAUAUUAGAUAAUCGUAUUUAUUAAAACGUGUUUAAGUCUAAAUUGAAAUAAAUUUAUUUUAUAUACAUUUUUUUUUGUAUUUAUUCGGUUUUAAUAUUAACUAAUAUGUCCAAAAGAUCUGUUACAUUUAUAAUUAGGUGUUCGGUAACAAAACAUGGUAUGAAAUUAUGUAGUGUCGCUAACAAAUGCCUUUAAAAGUGCCUAGCUUUCAGCGCUACUCGCAUACAAAGCAAUAUUUACCGUACAGGAAUCAGAUAUUUACUCGAAAAUAAGAUUUAUCAUUGUUUGGAGUUUAAUAAAACAGUGCUUUAAUGCAUUCGAAGCACAUAACGGUUGGUAUAUUGCUCGAUUUUUCUCAUAUGACAUUUGCAAUCGAUUGACGGGAUUUAACAUUUGAAAAAUGACUUUAAUAUCGAUACAAAUCGAGCAAUAUAUUGCCGUAGCAUUGACUAGAUAUUUAUAUAUUUAUCGUUUAUAUAAAAUACAUAGGUAACAUCAAUGUAUUUAUUUAAUAGGUAAAGGAAUUAUAUAAUAGGUAUCGUGUUACAUUGAUUGUCAGUUUCAUGCCAUGAGUCCGGUGACAAUUAAAUUAUGUUUGUUUUAUUAAUAUCGCUUUAAAGUAAAAGUUGCAUUUGUGAGUGGUUGUAAACAUGAGUCACAAUGAUA